GCACCGACGCGGUGCGGGAGCGCUGGGAGCGCGGAGCGCGCGGACUGAGAGCGGCGGUACCCUGGGCAGAGGGCGCGGCAGGAGCUCCGCAUUCGGUCGGACCCGCGUCCCCGAGGCGCGGCCAGCGAGCAGCACGCGGAGGCAGGCGGAGCGGCGGAGCCGGCGAGCAGGAGACCAUGGCCAAAAUGGAGGUGAAGUCCUCACUUCUGGACAAUAUGAUUGGUGUUGGAGAUAUGGUUCUUUUAGAACCUCUCAAUGAGGAGACCUUCAUCAACAACCUCAAGAAGCGCUUCGAUCAUAAUGAAAUAUACACAUACAUUGGAAGUGUGGUUAUAUCGGUUAACCCCUACCGGUCCUUGCCCAUUUAUUCACCUGAGAAAGUGGAAGAUUACAGGAAUAGAAAUUUUUAUGAACUGAGCCCUCACAUCUUUGCCCUGUCAGAUGAAGCAUAUAGAUCCCUCCGUGAUCAAGAUAAAGACCAGUGCAUUCUCAUUACUGGGGAGAGUGGAGCAGGAAAAACAGAGGCCAGCAAGCUUGUUAUGUCCUAUGUUGCAGCAGUGUGUGGAAAAGGAGCAGAAGUUAAUCAAGUCAAGGAACAGCUUCUACAGUCCAACCCUGUCCUGGAAGCGUUUGGAAAUGCCAAAACUGUAAGGAACGACAAUUCCUCCAGAUUUGGCAAAUAUAUGGAUAUUGAAUUUGACUUCAAAGGUGAUCCGCUUGGAGGAGUGAUAAGUAACUAUCUUUUAGAGAAAUCUCGGGUUGUUAAGCAGCCAAGAGGUGAGAGAAACUUCCAUGUGUUCUAUCAGCUGCUCUCUGGUGCCUCUGAAGAGCUCCUCCACAAACUUAAGCUUGAGCGGGAUUUCAGCAGAUACAACUAUCUGAGUCUGGACUCUGCCAAAGUGAAUGGCGUGGAUGAUGCUGCCAAUUUCAGAACCGUUAGGAAUGCCAUGCAGAUUGUAGGCUUUAUGGAUCAUGAAGCCGAGUCUGUCUUGGAGGUAGUGGCAGCUGUGUUGAAACUGGGGAACAUUGAGUUCAAGCCCGAAUCACGAGUGAAUGGUUUGGAUGAAAGCAAAAUCAAAGAUAAAAAUGAGUUAAAAGAAAUUUGUGAGUUGACCAGCAUUGAUCAGUUGGUUCUAGAAAGAGCAUUCAGUUUCCGAACAGUUGAAGCCAAGCAGGAGAAAGUUUCAACUACACUGAAUGUAGCUCAGGCUUAUUAUGCCCGUGAUGCCCUUGCUAAAAACCUCUACAGCAGGUUGUUUUCAUGGUUGGUGAAUCGAAUCAAUGAAAGCAUUAAGGCACAAACAAAAGUGAGAAAGAAGGUCAUGGGUGUUUUGGACAUUUACGGCUUUGAAAUAUUUGAGGACAACAGCUUUGAGCAAUUCAUUAUUAAUUAUUGUAAUGAAAAGCUGCAACAAAUCUUCAUUGAACUCACUCUGAAAGAAGAGCAGGAGGAGUACAUACGGGAGGACAUAGAAUGGACUCACAUUGACUACUUCAACAACGCUAUCAUUUGUGACCUAAUAGAAAAUAACACAAAUGGAAUCCUGGCCAUGCUGGAUGAGGAGUGCUUGCGGCCUGGCACUGUCACCGAUGAGACCUUUCUAGAAAAGCUGAACCAAGUCUGCGCCACUCACCAGCACUUUGAGAGCAGGAUGAGCAAGUGUUCCCGCUUCCUCAAUGACACAUCCCUGCCCCACAGCUGCUUCAGAAUCCAGCAUUAUGCUGGCAAGGUGCUGUACCAGGUGGAAGGAUUUGUGGACAAGAACAAUGAUCUUCUCUACCGAGACCUGUCCCAAGCCAUGUGGAAGGCUGGCCAUGCCCUCAUCAAGUCUUUAUUCCCUGAAGGGAAUCCUGCCAAGAUCAACCUGAAAAGGCCACCUACAGCAGGGUCACAGUUCAAGGCAUCUGUGGCCACUCUGAUGAGAAACCUACAGACCAAGAAUCCGAAUUAUAUCAGGUGCAUCAAACCAAAUGAUAAAAAAGCAGCACACAUCUUCAACGAGAGUCUAGUCUGUCAUCAGAUCAGGUACCUGGGUCUUCUCGAGAAUGUUCGAGUGAGGCGGGCAGGCUACGCCUUCAGGCAAGCCUAUGAACCUUGCCUAGAAAGAUACAAAAUGCUUUGCAAACAAACAUGGCCUCACUGGAAAGGACCAGCAAGGGCUGGUGUGGAAGUUCUGUUUAGUGAAUUAGAGAUUCCCGUGGAAGAAUACUCCUUUGGUAGAUCAAAGAUAUUCAUCCGAAAUCCGAGAACAUUAUUCAAAUUAGAAGACCUAAGGAAGCAGCGGCUUGAAGACUUGGCCACUCUCAUUCAGAAGAUUUAUCGAGGGUGGAAAUGCCGGACACACUUCCUGCUCAUGAAAAAAAGCCAAGUUGUGAUUGCUGCCUGGUACAGGAGAUACGCGCAACAAAAGAGGUAUCAGCAGAUAAAGAGUUCUGCUCUGGUGAUUCAGUCUUAUAUCCGGGGCUGGAAGGCUCGGAAAAUCCUGCGAGAACUAAAGCACCAAAAGCGCUGUAAGGAGGCAGCCACCACCAUCGCAGCGUAUUGGCACGGCACCCAGGCGCGAAGGGAACUGAGACGGCUGAAGGAGGAGGCUAGAAAUAAACAUGCUAUUGCAGUUAUUUGGGCUUUCUGGCUUGGAUCAAAGGCUCGAAGGGAAUUGAAACGCUUGAAGGAGGAGGCUAGGCGUAAGCAUGCAGUUGCUGUCAUUUGGGCUUACUGGCUUGGACUGAAGGUACGUAGGGAGUACAGGAAAUUCUUUAGAGCUAAUGCUGGAAAGAAAAUCUAUGAGUUUACACUUCAAAGAAUCGUGCAAAAAUACUUCUUGGAAAUGAAAACUAGAAUGCCUUCCUUGUCACCAAUAGACAAAAAUUGGCCGCCCAGACCUUACUUGUUCUUGGAUUCAACUCACAAGGAGCUCAAAAGAAUUUUCCACUUGUGGAGGUGUAAAAAAUACAGGGACCAAUUCACAGACCAGCAGAAGCUCAUUUAUGAAGAGAAACUAGAGGCCAGUGAACUCUUCAAAGACAAGAAAGCUUUAUACCCUUCUAGUGUUGGGCAACCAUUCCAAGGAGCUUACCUGGAAAUCAACAAAAACCCAAAGUAUAAGAAACUCAAAGAGGCCAUAGAAGAAAAGAUCAUUAUUGCUGAAGUUGUGAACAAAAUUAACCGAGCUAAUGGGAAGAGUUCAUCCAGGAUUUUCCUCUUAACAAACAGUAAUCUCCUCCUUGCUGACCAAAAGUCUGGGCAGAUAAAGUCUGAGGUUCCCCUGGUGGAUGUGACCAAAGUCUCCAUGAGCUCACAGAAUGAUGGCUUCUUCGCAGUGCACCUCAAAGAGGGCUCAGAAGCAGCUAGUAAAGGAGAUUUUCUCUUCAGCAGUGACCACCUGAUUGAAAUGGCCACCAAACUUUACCGCACGACUCUCAGCCAAACCAAACAGAAGCUCAAUAUCGAAAUUUCUGAUGAGUUCCUGGUACAGUUCAGACAGGACAAAGUAUGUGUGAAGUUUAUCCAAGGCAACCAGAAAAAUGGGAGUGUGCCAACGUGCAAACGAAAAAACAACCGCCUCCUUGAAGUUGCUGUCCCUUAAAUAAUGUCUUCUUUCUGCCUUCAUGGACUUGUUUCUUUGUAAUAGUGCAAUUUGAUUUUGUUUCAUUUGGGGUUCACUGUAUGUUCGGGAAUUGCCAAAGACUAGCUGUUAGAGUCCCUUGGCAAAAUAAAAGUAUUUGACUAAUCAGUUUUUAUUAUUGGAAUAGUUUAACCCUUAAAUCUUCAUUCUGUCCUGGGCAGGAUUAUAGAAACUAACAGUGUCUGUUCCCAUGCCAUAUGUGUUUUGCCUUUAGUUACCAUGUUACACCUGUGUACCCUAAAUCCACAUAUUACUCCUAGAUCAUUAAUACAUAUAAGCGUAGGAAAGGGUCUUCAAAGAUAGUGCAUUCAUUUAUCAAGUAUUUAUUGAAUGCCUACUCUAUGCUGGGCACUGUGCUGAAUGGCAUGAAAACUUACUAGGAGACUUUUUAUCUCUAAGGCUGUUACAUUCGGGCUGGUUGGUGCUGGUGUAACAACAGCUAAGAAAGUUGGAAAAGGUUGAGUCCGAAUGAUACCUACUAAUGAUGCCAGCUUUCUGUGGCUGUAGGGUAACUGUAAACAGUGCACAUCAAGACUCCAAGGUCCUAGAAGAAUAGAAAUGAUGGCUGGGUGAAAUCCUGCUACAUUUGUUUUCUCUUUGAAAAAGAAUAAAACUGACAUUUGGACAUACUCUUUUAUUGCUCAGAUCUCCUUUAUAGUAGAAAACAGAAGUCAUUCUUAUUUUAGAAAAAGUUAACAUCAGUCCAACCAAAUGCUGUGCCUCUCUCCCUGAUGGGAUCAGAUAGGACCCCAGAUGUGCUGAUCUCUAGUGUUUUCACCCAGCUAUUGAAACAGCCCAGCAAGGAAAGGCUGAAAGCUGUUCAGCGGCAGAUGUACUCUCUAUGAUGUGCAAUAAAACAUCCAAGUCCUUUUUGAAAGUUUUAUUUAUAAUAUACAUUUUUUGUAUGAGAGAUGUGAUUGGUACAGGGUGUGUAUUUAGUCAAGGAUCAAAACUAAGUCUGGAUUAAUUUGCAGGACUUUUUUCACUACAAAUUUACGAUAAAGAUUCACUUUGGAAACCACAUUUUAAACUUUGGAAUUGUCUCUUAUUUGGGAGGAUAAUGUAAAUACAUUGGCAUUAUGUUAAAUAAUAAAAUUGUUCUAAUUUGGUGCCAUUUGCUGGAUCACAACUGUAUUUUUGUAUUUCAUGCUAUUUUCAUAUGUUGUAUGUCAAAGUAUUAUAUCACAGAAAGGUUUUACAAUCCAAACAUUAUAUGGUCUCUGUGUUAAUUGAAUUCCACUAAUCUUUUAUAUACCAGAAGCAGUCAUUGAAAAUAUUCUCUGAGGGUUUUCUUUUAAUUUUUUUUUGUA